UAUAGAGCACGCCGUUCACUAUGAGGACCUGUCUACUCAAUCAGCUGUGGGCAUGGCGUACCGUGUUUAUUUUAAUUUUUACACCGUUUUUGUUGUUACCACUGAUUCUUAUCAUUGGAACAAAGGAAUCCAAAUGUGGCUACGUGCUGAUCUUGAUGGGAAUCUACUGGAUCACCGAGUCCCUGCCUGUUGGAGUUACCGCCCUUAUCCCCGUGUUUCUCUUCCCCUUCUUUGAGAUUCUCUCGUCCAAUGAAAUCUCAGCUCAAUACAUGAAUGACGUGAACAUGCUGAACCUCGGGGGUCUGGUCAUGGCCGUGGCUAUAGAGGAGUGGGAGCUACACAAGAGGGUGGCGCUCAGGGUUCUGAUGUGUGUGGGGACGGAGCCUAGGUGGCUGAUGUUGGGGAUGAUGUUGGCCACAUGGUUCCUAUCGAUGUGGAUGUCUAACACAGCCACCGCAGCUAUGAUGAUACCUAUAGCUGAAGCCAUACUCUAUCAGCUGCGCAGUGCUAAAGAUGCAUAUAAAAACCCUGAAAGUGAAAACGGUUUUGUUGGUGCGGAUACCAAGGAAACAGCUAUAGACCUGGCGGAUUUAAAUUCAGAAGUUCACUACGAAAACGGAGAAAAUGUAAAUGACAAAGAAAAUGCCCGGAAACAGAAAUCGCUAGAAACAGAACACGUUAGGAGCUCCAAUGACAAGAACGACGGGUUGACGGGGUUCGCUAAGGGGAUCACACUCUGUAUCUGCUACUCCGCCACGGCCGGGGGCACAGCCACACUGACAGGCUCGGGACCCACGCUCACCCUCAAGGCUCUCACCGAUGUCCACUACGCCAAGCUGGGACUUAAGAACCCCAUCAACUACGCCACCUGGAUGGGCUUGGGCUUGCCUGUCGCCUUUAUUGUACUGAUGUUGUGUUGGUGCUGGCUGCAGGUGUUUUUCUUAUCGUGCAGGCGGCGUCCUACCAACGCAGCCCAGGCCGAGAGAAUAAAACUCUACAUACACAACGAAUACAAGAAACUGGGACCACUGGUGUUUGGCCAGGGUGUCAUUGUGUUUCUCUUUGGUGUACUGGUGGCGCUGUGGAUAACACGUGACUUGGGGGGCGUGGCCGGAUGGGGAAGGAUGUUUCAACUACCAAUCAAAGAUGGCGCCGCAGCUAUAUUUGUAGCUGUCCUACUCUUCGCCUUCCCAUCCAGUCUACCAUGUAUGAAAACUAAGCAAGACACUAAGCAGCCUAUCAAAACUAUAGACAAUCAAACAGAUCUAAUAAAUGUUGAAGUCGGCAUUAUUGAAGCUCCAGAAAUUCGACCCCUGCUCAGCUGGCAAGCUGCACAAGAAAAAAUACCCUGGCAGUUAUUCUUUUUGCUGGGUGGAGGGUUUGCCUUGUCUAAAGGUAGUGAGAAAUCUGGUCUCUCUGCUUGGAUUGGUCAAGAACUUGAAGUGUUUAGCAGCUGGAACCAAUGGGGAAUCUUGUUCAUGAUCUGUUACAUCACAGCUGCUGCUACGGAAGUGACGUCAAACACGGCCAUCGCUAAUCUAUUUUUACCCAUCGUGUCGCAGUUGGCAAUCAACACUGGCGUCCACCCUCUGUACUACAUGCUGCCCACCACACUGGCCUGCACAUUCGCCUUCAUGCUGCCCGUAGCUACAGCACCCAACGCCCUGGUCUUCUCGUACGGCAGGCUAAGCAUGAGAGAUAUGGCACAGACUGGUCUAAUGUUGAACCUACUGGCCGUGCCCUGCUCCAUCGCAGUGACCUCCACAAUUGGUGACCUUUUGUUUGACUUCGCUAAUGUACCUGUAGAGUUUCUUAACUCCACUGCAAGACAAGCAUAACAGACAGGUGUAGUAGCAAGGUGUGGCACACAGGUCUCGCAGAUGAUACCCCACACAUAUAUGAAUGCUAAUCUACACUAAACUCCUCUUGGAAUGU